AUAUGGACGCUAAAUAACUUCCGGUAUUUUGAUGCGGGAAGAAAGUCACAUGGAAAAUCAUAAUUAGUAAUUCAUUGCGAACAUUCUGAAAAAUAAGACCUUGUUUGUAGGAUAGAGAAAGAUUUAAUCUACAAAGAAACAUAAAUAUGGAUCACGACGAUCUUGACGAAGACAUCGAACGCUUGAAAAUAAUUUUGCAAGAUGAGGAGGGUGAAGAGGAGGGCGAUAGUGAUGGAGAAUUAAGAGUUUUAGAGAAUAACGAAGAAGAAUAUUACAGUAAUGCAUCAAGACCAAGCACUAGUAGUGAUGUUACAGCCUCAUCAUUUCCCACAACAUCAGUGUGCACAGAUGCUGAUGAUGCUGUCUUUAGGUUUGAUCCUAACACAAUCACAGCUGAGACAUGUCUUGCCAUGAACAGGGCCUACCAGGAGGUGUUGUUAGAUACUCUUAGACAGAUAGAAAUAUCACUGAUGGAAAACAGGAAUAGACAGAAAGAACUCGAGGAGAAUGUGGAUGAGAAAGUUAAGAAGACAGACAAACAGACAAACAAAGAAUUCUAUGAUUUAGAUUGUAGACAUAUGCCAUAUUUCAAAGAUAAAGAUGGACAGGUUCCACCAUACAAUGAUGAUGUCAAACAGAAGGAACAGAUGAAUGAAGAAAAACAGCAUGUGAAACCCAAAACUAUCUGGAGCAAGAAGCAGAGGAAGAUGUUGAUGGAUGCCGUAAAGCUGGAUGCACUGGAACAGGCAGUUAGACCCCUACUGAACAAACAGGAAGUGGAGAUGGAAAAGUUAGGAAGAUGUAAGAAUACAGAGGAGAUACAAGAAACUAAGGCUAGAAUAGAGAAAAUACAGCAAGAUAUUAAACAAAAACAAGAGACACCAGCAGAUGAAUUGUUGAAGAGUUGUGACAACAAGAAAAUUGAUUUCCUAAAGAUAGCUGUUAUAACUUUUGGCAAUAAAUUCUCUGUAACAGAAUGUGAGAGUAUGUGGAACACAGUUUUACGGCCAGAAAUUAAUCGUGAUAAAUGGACACCUGCUGAAGAAGAGGACUUGAACAGAUUGGCAAUCAAAUAUGAGAUGAGAAAUUGGAGUAAAAUUGCCGAAGAAUUAGGGUCUAACAGAACACCAUUCCAGUGUCUUCAGCACUACCAACAACAUAAUAUUGUAUAUGAUAACAGUGAAUGGACUGAGGAAGAAGAUGAAUUACUGAAAGAAGUUGUUGAGACAUGUACAUAUGGUUUAGGCAGAGUAAAGUGGUUCCAGGUUGCCUAUUACAUAGAUCGUAGAAGUCCUGAGCAGUGUCACUCAAGAUGGAAUAAAAUAGAUCCAAACAGAACUUGUGGCAGAUGGUCAAAGGAAGAGGAUCUACAACUGGUGAAUGCCAUUCAUAUACAUGGUGGUGUGGCAGACUGGAAUAAAAUAAAGGAACUAGUACCAACUAGGUCAGCUAUACAAUGUAGAGAAAGAUUUGUCUAUCGAUUAAGUGGAGAUGUUCUGUUUAAGCCAUGGACGUAUGAAGAUGAUAAGAAAUUAUUACAGUUACAUCAGAUUCAUGGAUCAAAUUGGACAAGAAUUGCGAUGGAAUUUGAAGGACGGAAUGAUAAUAUGCUCUUGGUUAGAUAUAAACGUCUGAUGAAAUGGCAGCAAUUAUCUGAGGGUUUCUACUCUCAAAGUAAGAAGGUACAGAAACAGCUGAAACAUCCAGCCUUCAAGUUUGGAAGUGGCGCGAUUGUUCCAAAGUCAGGGUUAAAGCUUCGUUGGGGUAAACCAGGACAUCCUAGGAAAGGAGAAACACCUCAUGUUAGAAGAAGACAUAAGACAGAAAUUGAAAAAUUGAAAGAAAUAGGAGGUCGUGAUGCUAAAGACUCUGAUGAUGAUAAUAAUGAUGAUGACAAUGAUGACAUCAAAGAAGAAGAAGAUGUUGAGGAAGAAGAAGAAGAAGAAGAUAAAGGAAAAACCAGAUCAUUAAGAGAGAUGCAGGAUAGUUUGGAUGCAUUUCUCGUCUUAUACAAUAUACAGGCAUAUGAUUAUUACAAGCAAAUAGCUGACAGAGAGCUAGGUAACUUAGUGGUACCUCGACCCCCUCCAAUCAGAAGACAAAAAAUGAAUGUUGGACAAGCUUUGUGGAAGAAACAGGACAAGCUACAGGAUGUUGUAGCGACACAGAUUGAUGCCUAUAUCAGGAACAUACAGACCAAGCUACAGGAUGAGACCUCAGAGAGUAGCCCUACUGACCUUAACCUUUAUGACCAGAUCUCUAAAAAUAUUAAAAAGGGAAAUGAGGAAGAAAAAAGACGUAUGAUAAAUGCAGCUUUUGGAGGGAAAAAUCCUUGUAACCUCUCAGUACGAGAAUUGCUCAAUAUUUCCAAAUGCAUAAAAGAUCAUGGGAGACCUCCAAAGAACCCAAAGCGUUAUAACAUGGAGCCGUGGGAAGUGGCGGAAAGUGAGGAGGAAGAGCCAGAAGAUGAGGAGAGCUCGGAAUUUGAAUUAGAACAAGAGGAAGAAGAGAAGCCGAAAGAGAAACGUCCACGCUCUGAGAAACAGAUUGCCCAUGCUCAAGCUUGGAAGUUAGAUGUCAGAAAACAUCAUGCUAUUAAGGCCCAGAUUAAACGUCUUGUUCAAAGCAAAAUGGAUCCUAAGGAAUUGAAUAAAGGACGUGGAAGGAGAAAGCAGUUUUUGAUGUAUCCGAAACAUGUAUUGAUGAAGUACAAAGGUUUUGAGGAGGAGAGAAGAUUAAACAGAAAAUCUCUUGUAUUGUUGAUGAAGACACUGGAUUUGGACUCUAAGAAAGCGUUCUUCAAGGCUAAAAAGGGAAAAAGGAAAGUUUCAGCUAUGGCUCUCCUCAAAGCAACAGAGAAGGCAAAUUUGAAAAGAGCGAAAACCCGACGACAGAAGACAGAGAUACAAGAAGCAGCUAGAACAGAAGCUAACAUGAACUCUGAGAUAAGCGAAGUAUCUGACUACUUGCUAGAACUUCGUGAUGAGUUAAAAAUUGAGGAUGAUGAAAGUGAUGAAAACAUGUCUGUUGAUGAGAGUGGGGCUGAUGAGGAAGAUAGUCAGGGCAGCCUUACUUUCGGUUACAAUAAAUCGUUACCAUAUAUUCCACCAAAUAAAACAAAUAUACUAGGGAUGAGGUCACUGUUGUUGGAACAUAGGUACCUGAUAGAUGAGGCUGGAAUGUACUUUAAUCCUGAAGACUUGAAGGAAAAACUGUAUCGAUUGAAACAGAGAGGACCCAAUCCUCUGAUGGGGGUCUUAAAUGCCAUUGGUAAAACAGAGAAUGCUGCCAGAAGACGAGAAAAAGAAAAGAAAGGAAAAUCUGAAUUAACACACGUGGUGUGCAAAAAGCAGUUAGACAGAGUGAGAAGAACAACAGACUACCAGAAACUUCAGGCAAGGUUUCACUCAGUUUUUACAUGGCCAGCUUUAUUGGCAACAAUUCAGCCGCCUAAAGGCAAGCCGAUACCUCUAAGUCUGCAGGCCUUGACAGAACAGUCAAAGCUCAAGGAAGGACAAGUGAAUGCAGAACCAAGUGAUGAAGCUGUCGUUCAAGCAGAGAGUGUCACUGAGGAAGACAUGGAAGGUCUUUCUGAAGAACAAGCUGUUGAGAAACUUGUAGAUAAAAUCAUGGAGGAAUAUGAGAAAGAAAGAGGCAAAAAGAAAAGACAUUUACCAACAAAGAAAUAUCGUCACUUCUCAGAGAAAAGGAAACAAGGUUUAAAAGAUAAAGAGAGGACAAAAAUUCUGAAGAGACUUGGUUUGUACGAGAAGAUGCAGGAAUUCAAAAGACGGCGGCUAGAAGGUGAACUGACCACUCCUGUGUCAGAUGCUGCAGCGACUGCAGAGUCAACUGCAUCCAUUAUCCGAUCUGCAACUGAGACAGAGACGGAGGAAAAUAGCGCUGAUAACAUAUCUACAGCUAGUUUACCUGUACACAGUACUAAUGAUACUGAACUAAAUGCAAGCAGUGAGACAGCAGCACCUGUGAUGAACUCUUCAGAAGGUUGCCAGGUAGAUUUCCCUCCUGAUGAUUUUGGCAUGACAGAUGCUGUAGUGAAGACAGAAGUAUUACCAAAAAGGAAGCGAGGAAGACCACCAGGAUCUAAAACUAAAUGUUUUACGGACAAAAGUCCUGUACGGAAAUCUCGACGAGCCGCAGACAGUCCUAAUUUGGUUGUUAAACUGGAACAAGAUUAUGAACUGUCACCUCCAAAGAAGAAAACACAGAGUACCAAGAGAAAAACACAGUACAAUUUUGUGAGAACACUGAUCCCUGACAAAAUGAGCAAGAUUGCCUCUCAGAUACCAGAGAUACCUAUCCUGAAUGAACCAAUCCCAGAGAAAACAUUAAAACCUCCAAAAAAGCCCAAAGUGGAGAAACCAGUGAAACAGAUUUUCAGAUCAAAGUUUGCCCAGGAGUUAGCUGUAAAGAAAAAGAAGCGAGAAGAGGGAGAAUUUGAUAAGAGGGGUCCAAAGUUGGGUCGUAUUCUGAAACAGCUGAAGGAAGCAGAAGCUGCCCCAGCAGAAGCGGAAAAAGAAGCUGCUCCAGUAGAAGCAGAAAAGGAUGCUGCUUUACCUUCAUAUGUACAGAUCAAAACUGAACCUCUUGAUUCAGAUGAUGAAGAUUAUACUGCAAAUAUAAAUAAUUACAAUGGAACUGUGACUGCACAAAACAGUGUUAAUAAUCUUAAUAAAGCAGAAAAAACAAGUCGUAAAGAAACAGAAAUGCCUGUUAGUGAAGUCGUAACAUCCGGGCUUAAACAAAGCUUACAGAAAGGUAAAGGCAUGUUAACUAAAGCUUUUGACAAAAAUCUUAACUCGGUUACAACUCAGAAUCAGGGUAUUACACAGGAACAAAAGGAUAUAAAGAACAGUUCUGCUGAUAUAAAUGAUAAACAAUGUGCAAUAGAUGUUACUCCUGAAACUGAGAUGGUCCAGUCGCAAAAGCUCCAGUCACAGAAUGUCCAGUCACAGAAUGUCCUGUCACAGAAUGAGAAUCAGCAGAUAUCAAAUGGUCCAGAAGGACGUAAACCUUUGAUAAUAGCAGUGCCUGUAACAAUUGGGGGUACCCAACAGGUUGCAUGUGUACCCUUCUAUCCAGAUGAUGAAGGUAAAAUCACAUUGCCAAAUGGAAAAAAGAUAGAUGCAUCUGGUGCAGGGCAACAAGGGGCAGUUUCACUUCCAAUGCUCAAUUUUGACCAACCACUACAGAUUUUAAAUCCAAGUCAGCCAUCCGUAAAUACAGACUCUGCAAAAGAUCAAACAGGUGCUAGUUUACUGAAUCAGAGUACAUCUGUACUAAAUCAGGGUACAUCUGUACUAAAUCAGGGUGCAUCUGUACCUAACUCUGAUGCAACAAAUGCAAGCUCUAAGACAAACUGAGCAGUGUUUUUCAUAAAAUCCAGUGUUUAGACCUAAUAAGCUUGCAGAGCAAUUUACUUACUGUGACAGGUGUCAGUAAAGAUCAUUGGGAUAAUUCAGUUGUGGAAAUUUUUUCUUUAAUGUUACAUUACAUGUGUGAACUUAACAGCAUUGUACAACUUGAUGAUGCAAAGAAUUUAUAAAUAAGCUUAAUAAUGAGCCACACCAUGAGAAAACCAACAUAAUGCAUUUGCGACCAGCAUGGAUACAGACCAGCUUGCGCAUCCGCGCAGUUUGGUCAGGAUCCAUGCUUUUUGCAAACGGUUUCACUAAUUGCAAUAGCGUUUGAAAGCGAACAGCAUGGAUCCUGACCCGACUGUACAGAUGCGCAGGCUGGUCUGGAUCCGUGCUGGUUGCAAAUGCACUAUGUUGGUUUUCUCAUGGUGAGGCUCUUUUACAGUUUGGAGAUGAUGUUGUAUUGAAAGUCAGUUUUACUCAUGGAAUAUGUUAUUUUUCUUAUUUUUUGUUAAUUUGUAAUUAAGUAGCAAUUCAAGUUCCAUAAUGUUUUUAAUUUUAUGUUAAAAACAGAUAGAGCAGCUAUCCAAAUAGAUUUAUGCAUAAUUAAAUGGUUAGAAAAGCACUACUGCAAGCACUACUUGCAGUAUUACACAUGAACAUUAUACAGUUUGAACCAUAAAGGGAGGUAAUCAUAAAUAGUUGAUUCUAUAUUUCAUUUUAUGUUUAUCAUUAUUGAAACCUUUGGCAUAUUUAUGUGAAAACAAUUAUCAAAAAUAAGAUUUUGCAACAAUAGACAUUUUAAUGUUCAUAACAAAAGAUGUGGCAGCCACAUUUAAAGCUAAUCGCUCACAGUUUAGGGGAAAUUUUUCAUCAUGUUCAUUUCCACCAAGUUCGGCAUAGAAUGUAUAUAUGGCACUGAAAAAUGAUAAAAUGCAGGCUUAUCAUGGUCUGCACUGUUCGCUAUUCAGUCAGUAAAUUUUCAGUGAACACCCCUUCAAAUAGUAAGUGAUGCUGCCCAAAUUGAAUAUUGGACCAGUCCAUUUUAGAAGUAUAGCAGGGUAAGGGUUAAAUAGUCCGUACUGUUGACUGGUUUCAAAUGAUUGACUUUCAUGGGAGGUAUUUAGUCAGCUAUGUCAAUUUCUGAAUUAAAAAUCCAAUCUUAAUUAGCAUUUUGCUGAAACUUAUUUGGUCUUGUUACAUUGUUAAUUUAUUGGGGUUUGAUUUUUUGUUGGUUAUAGUGCUACUGUUUCUUUUUUGAUCAUGCAUAAAACUUGUUAAAAGUCUAUGAUUAGAUUGUUCGAAUAUAAAUAGAAUUCAAACAUGUUUGAAUUAUUUUAAAUGUUAUGUCUUGUCUAUAGUUAAGGCAGAGCUAAGAACACCAGUAUUUGGUGCACCUAUCCAUGACAGGAAUUUUGUCAGUUUCUUUUUAUAUUCUCGAUGAAAAUAUUACCAUUCUUUAAAAGGGUUGGAGAAACAGCUUUUGAUAGUUUUUUAACCAUCUCAAGUAGUUUUGAAGUUCCCAUUAAGAGUCCAUUUUGAUGGGCUAUUAUCCAUUGUAAAGAGCUAUGUACAACGAGGCAGUUUCAACCCCCAUAUUUGGUCAUAGACAUUUAACUACUCCAAAUUAAAAAAAAACAAAAACGUUUGAUUUUUGUCUCCAUUAGUCACCAAGUCCAAAUAGGUAUUUAAGUCAAUAGAUCCAUCUUCAUUAGCAUAAAAGCAAUUUUUUUAAAAUCUAUCCAACUUUGGUAAAAUAAUGUUCAUAGACCAAAUUUUUCUUAAGUUAUUGUCUGCCUCACCCCAGCUGUCAACAAGUAGCGUUUAGGCACAAACCUAUUGACAGAAAGUGAUUUUGUUUAACCAAAACCUGCCUAAUCCAGUCCUCUCAGGACUCCGAUUUAUAGACAUUUAAUGAAAAAUGAUGGAGGUAUCAGCUUUUUUGUAAUUUUAUAUUGCAAUUAAAAAUAAUUUGCUGUAAUAAAAAAGAUUGGUGUUUACAUUAAAGAAAGAAAUUUGAUAAUUACAGCAGUAAACCAAACAUAACUAGUUAUUUUUGUUUAUUUUUUUUUAUAUAAUAUACCGCCCAGUAAUUACAAAGCCUGAAAUUGUGUUAAUGUAUGAGGACAUUUAGGUGACAUAAUCAUCAAACCCAACAAGACAAACUGGUAUAGGACAAAUAUAGGGUAAAAAUUUAGGUUAUUCUUUUCCAAACAUGAUUGUGUUGUUCUAGAUCUUUUUAUUAGGACAGUAAGUAAUAUUUGUUUGGGACUUUGUAUAAUUAUAGGUUAAAAAUGUAUUUGUUACAGGGGUUUUGAUAUUUGCUAAAUAUAUUGCCUAUGUUUACUUACAAUCUGGACCUAUAAUGUAGACUUCAGACUGAAAUUUUUUGUUGAGCCAGAUCAGAUUUCGAUAAAAUUUUGUUCGACUGUAGCUGUUACAACCUACAAGUGUUACACAACAAAAGUUUUAGCACAAUACUUAUACACAUACAUGAAUCAAUCAGCUAACAAAUUGCUGUUUAAUAAGUGUAUCUCAACACAGAAGCUGAAAUGCAUCGAGGCGACGUGUCUUGGGGUAUUAUACCAUUUAAGGAUGGUUAGAGGUGACUAGCUUGUGGAUUGAAAAAUAUGCACAUGUUCUGUAGCAGAAAUAUUUCACAACUUUUAUAUAUAAUGUAGUAUAAAUGUGUAAGCCCUGAUAAAAUUUAUAAUAUCUCUGUUAAUUAGGAAACAAGAUUUUUUGAAUGAAAUCAUUGUUCAGGGUGCAGAUGGGAAGGAAAAUAUCACAAGGACGGAGUCCAAGUGAUAUUAUAAUACACAUCUGUACAAUGAUAUAAUUCAAGAGAACAUCACUGAUAGAGAUAUAUUACUUCCAUUCAAUCACAAUAUCAGGGAUUAUCAUAUACAAUGAUUUUGUUACAUACUAACACACGGUUAAAACGUAGUACAAUGUAACUUUUAAUUUUUUAUUGACAGAUAUUUACUAACGUUUAUGGCAUUGUUCUGAAGGUAUAUGUUUCAUUUUGCAUUUACCAUGUUAUGAAAACGUUAAAAGAUAAAAUGAGCAUAAAAAGUUUAACUUACUGGACUUGCAUAAGUGUGCUGUUCUGUCGCUGUCAUAAUUUUUUGCCUAAAUGUUAAUAAACAACUAUUAA